UUGUUAACAAAAGGGAAUUUGUUUGGGGAAGUGCAAUGUUUUAUGUAUUCGGUCGAAUGACAAAAACGUGGUUUACCACACAUACAUAUUUUGUUAUGGCUAAAACAGCGCAUUUCUCCAGAUAAAUUAGAUUUUAUCAUUAGUGCGGAAAUACCUGAUCCUGAAAAAGAUCCUCUCCUUUACGGUAUUAUCAAAGCCAAUAUGAUCCAUGGGCCUUGCGGUAAUUCAAACAAUAGAUCACCCUGUAUGGAGUCAGGUAGCUGUAGCAAGAAGUAUCCUAGACCUUUCAUUCAAGAAACACAGACAGGAGACGACGGGUAUCCAAAGUAUAGGCGAAGAGCUCCAGAAAAUGGUGGUUUUACUGUUGAAAUAAAUGGUAAGACACUUGAUAAUCGUUGGGUAGUACCGUAUAACCCAGUGCUUUUACGUACAUUUGGUGCUCAUAUUAAUGUAGAGUACUGUAACUCUGUAAAAUCUAUAAAAUACAUUUGUAAAUAUAUUACAAAAGGAAGUGAUCAAGCAGCAUUUGGUUUUGAAAAUGAUAAUGAUGAAGUCAAGCUUUAUGAAAGUGAUCGAUAUAUCAGCAGCUCUGAGGCUGUAUGGAGAAUUCUGGCUUUUCCUAUCCACGAGAGAUUUCCAACAGUCUUCCAUCUUUCCGUGCAUUUAGAAAAUAGCCAGCGUGUUUAUUUCAACCCUAAUGACUCCAGUCGUUUAACAGACAUGAUUAACAAUCCACCAAAAACUACUCUUUUAGCAUUUUUCGACUUAUGUAAAACAGAUGAUUUUAUUUGA